UUUGCCGAGCUGGCAAAUAAAACCAUGGAAAAAUUGUUCGAAAGCGCACAUCUUUCAGCUCACCAAAUCGAAACCGCUCCGUGCAAAAUUAUGCACGCCAAGAAACGCAUCCGAAAUCGGCACUCCCCCAUAUAACUCGUGACCGUGGUUCACAGCUUCACAUUAUAACUAAACCAACCUGUUCAUGCACCACCACCACCACUCCUCUAGUCCCCUUCACUCCAACGCCAUGAGCCCCAGCAACCACACCUCCUUCUCCUCGUCCGCGUCUUCGGUCGCCGCCGCCGGGAGCUUCGUCUCCCGCCGGCUCCACCUCGUGGAGCAUGUCCAGGUCCUCGAGCUCCUCCUCGCGCUCUUCGUCUUCGUCGCCAUCCAUGCCGUCCGGCAGGGGAAGCGCCAAGGGCUGGCGGUGUGGCCGGUCCUCGGGAUGGCGCCCUCCCUGGUCGCGGGGCUCCGGACCGACAUGUACGAGUACAUCUCCGACGUGGUGUGCCGCCAGAACGGCACGUUCUGGUUCAGAGGUCCCUGGCUCACCAGCCUCAACUGCGUGGUCACCGCGGACCCCCGCAACCUCGAGCACCUCCUCAAGACCCGGUUCUCCAACUUCCCCAAGGGCCCCUACUUCCGCGAUAACGUUCGAGACCUCCUCGGCGACGGCAUAUUCAACGCCGAUGCCGACACGUGGCAGCGCCAGAGAAAGACGGCCAGCAUCGAGUUCCACUCCGCCAAGUUCCGGAGGCUCACCAUCGAGUCCCUCCUCGAGCUCGUCCACGCCCGGCUCCUCCCGGUUCUCGAGGAGAGCCUGCGCACCUCCGCCGCAAUUGACCUGCAGGACGUGCUUCUCCGGCUGACUUUCGACAACGUGUGCAUGAUCGCCUUCGGGGUCGACCCGGGCUGCCUCCGCCCAGGGCUCCCUGAGAUCCCCUUCGCGAGGGCCUUCGAGGACGCGACGGAGGCGACGGUGCUCCGCUUCGUCAUGCCAACGUGCGUGUGGAAGCUCAUGAGGUUCCUCGACUUCAGCCCCGAGAGGACGCUGAGGAAGGCGAUCGAGGGCGUCGACGAGUUCGCAAACGAAGUGAUCCGGACCCGAAAGAAAGAGCUCGCCGCCGACGACAAGUGCCAGAGGUCGGACUUACUGACGGUGUUCACGAGGCUGAGGGACGAGGAGGGGAGGCCGUUCUCCGACAAGUUCCUGAGGGACAUAUGCGUGAACUUCAUACUCGCCGGGAGGGACACGUCGUCGGUGGCGCUGAGCUGGUUCUUCUGGCUGCUCGACAACAACCCAGACGUCGAAGAGCGGAUCGUGGCCGAGCUUUGCAAGGUGGUGAGCGAUCGCGAAGGAGAGAGCGACAGCGAGGACUUGGUGUUCAAGCCGGAGGAGAUAAAGAAGAUGGAGUAUCUGCAAGCGGCCAUUUCCGAGGCUCUCAGGCUCUAUCCCUCCGUCCCUAUUGAUCACAAAGAGGUUAUCGAGGACGAUGUGUUCCCGGACGGGACGGUGCUCAAGAAAGGCACGAAGGUCCUCUACGUGAUCUACGCGAUGGGGAGGAUGGAGGCGAUAUGGGGGAAGGACUGCCGCGAGUUCAAGCCGGAGCGGUGGCUGCGGGACGGCCGGUUCAUGAGCGAGUCGGCCUACAAGUUCACCGCGUUCAACGGCGGGCCCCGGCUGUGCCUCGGCAAGGACUUCGCCUACUACCAGAUGAAGUUCGCCGCCGCCUCCAUCCUGUACCGCUACCGUGUCAGGGUGGUCGAGGGCCACCCCGUGGUCCCGAAGCUGGCGCUGACGAUGUACAUGAAGCACGGGCUCAAGGUCAACCUCUUCAGGCGCGACGAGUCCGAGCGCCAGGAGUGCCUCCUGAAGUACAGUUAAGAAGCGGGCGUCUCGAAUAAACGCGGUGAUGGCGAUUGUGUCUGUUCUUUCGAUAUGUGAAGAUGGUGUCGGACUAUAGAUAUAUGUGUAUUGGAAAGAAAAAAGUACCUUAGAGAGGGGGAUUGGAGAAAGAUGUACUAGGAAAGCUGGGUUUGUUUUUCAGUAAGUGGGGUUGAUAUUUACAUAUAUCUUCAUUGGUUUGUUGUAAUUCGACUGGUAUCGUGUAUCAUCUUUUACUUUAGCGUGCCCCGAAAUCCAAUAAUGAAUAGCCAUUUCGACGUGAA